AUGGAGAUUUUCCUUCCACCGUCUGAUAUGAAGGACGUUCAUCUGGUAGCAGCCCAAGACCAGAACGGCCUCAACACCGGCAUCAUGUUCCUGCAUGUCCACCCGUGGACUAUUAGCUUCCUCACCGAGACCAUGGGCUACCCUCUAUACCUUCCAGAAGUUGAUCUCGGUCGAUCCGCCGACCAAGAGGGCAUGAGACGCAUUCUCAACAAGACAACCGGCGGACCAAAUGGCCAAGGCUAUGCAGACGGAGUGGUCUAUCUGCCGAGGCCGUGGAUCAACACAUAUGAGUGGGACUGGGCAUAUGAGGGAAAGAAGGGCGAUUUGCUUGUGCAUUUCCCUGGGUUGGAGGAGCGUCGGUGGCCUCAUAUGGCCAAAUGGCUGGAUAUAGUUGAGACGACGCCUCAUGCAUGGAACCUGCCACUGGAGGAGACUGGGUACCUCAACCGAACCGCUGAGUAUUGGUCACAACUGCGUCGAGCGAAGGACAGCAUGAAGUCGAUGGAGAAGAAAAUCAAGUCCGGAGAAACAGUAUCUAAGUCUGCUAUAGAGGCAUUUGAUGUUCUCAAGAAGGUGCUACGAGAGGAGUCGGACAACCUUGAAUCAGUCCAAAAGAGUCUCCAAGGAUUGGAUGCUUUGGUUGGAAGAGUAUAG